AUGAGAUUCAACUACAGCAACUUCACUGCCAAUGUUGAUUGUCUCGUCACACCGAAGGUGACUGGCACCAUUCCGUCCGCAAAUGUUAGCGUGGAUUCCUGGCAUAUUCCAUCCGGUGUAUUGUUGGCCGAUGCUUCAUUCAACCGUCCACGAGAAGUGGAAAUGCUGAUUGGUGCCGAACAUUUCUUCAACAUUCUGAAGCAAGGUCAAAUCAAACUUGCCGAUCACCUGCCUACCUUGUACGAAACGCAGUUGGGUGGCUCGUACGAGGAAAUGCAAGAAGAUUCUUCAGUAUGUGUCAACCUUGCUGAAGCCUUGACGAGUGAAGAAGAACGUUUAGAAGAACACUUUCAACGGACUUAUCGUCGUAAUGAAGAUGGACGAUUUGUUGUGCAGCUGUCAUUCCGUGAAUCAGUGGAUCAGUUGAAAAGAUCCAGAUCCCUGGCGUUGAAACGAUUCCUGUUGUUGGAGAAAAGAUUGGCGCAAGAUCCUGACCUGAAGGCUCAGUAUGCGGAGUUCAUCGACGAAUACCAAUCGUUGGUUCACUGCCGUGAAGUGAGGGAGGAAGAAGAUCCUCAUGGUCUACAAUCGUACUAUCUGCCGCAUCACUGUGUCUUCAAGCCAUCCAGUAGCAACACAAUGUUUCGUGUUGUGUUUGACGCAACAGCCAAAGCGAGUGAACUGUCCCUGAAUGACGUACUAAUGACUGGAACCAGCAGCCAAAGUGACCUGUUGAGCAUCAGAAUCUUCUGGCGAGGACACCUGUCGGAAGCACUGAAGGUCUUGGAGUUAUUGACCGUUACCUACGGUGCAUUAGCGGCGUCGUUUCUCGCUGUGAGAUCGCUUAUCCAGCUAGCCCGUGACGAGAGUGAGAAUUAUCCAGAAGCGGCCGAAGUUAUCCUGAAUGAUUUCUAUAUGGACGACAUUCUGUCUGGUUCAGAUUCAAUUGAGUCAACCAAGAAGUUACGUCAUGAUUUGGAGGAGUUGAUGCUGAACGGUGGAUUUCUAAUUCGAAAGUGGUGUUUCAACUCAGAAGAUGUGCUUGAAGGAAUUCCUGAAGGAAAUCGAGAGACCCUAGUGCCCAUCCAGGACUCCAGCGCAAAUGAAGUAAUCAAGGCUUUGGGACUUCUGUGCGAUCCAAAGAAAGACCUGUUCCUGUUCUUCAAGUCAUCUGAACCAAACGAAGACAAACCAACGAAGCGGCGUGUCCUGUCCCAAAUAGCGAAGUUAUUUGAUCCAUUGGGAUUAGUGUCACCAGUGAUCGUCGAAGCAAAGAUGAUCAUGCAGUGCCUGUGGGCUACCAACCUUGGAUGGGAUGAACCUAUGGAAGGUGAAUUAUUCCAGGGAUGGACAGAGCUCCAGACAUCAUUGAGCCACCUCAACAAUGUCAAGAUUCCAAGAUGCGUUGUGGUUCCUGAUACGGAAACAAUGGAGAUUCAUGGUUUCGCUGAUGCCUCCAAAUAUGCGUAUGGCGCAUGUGUUUUCCUUUGCUGCAUUCGUAAAGACGGGUCAGCAGUGUCUAAUCUUUUAUGCAGCAAAUCCAAGGUAGCUCCCCUUCGUGAGUUGACUAUCCCUCGACUAGAGUUGUGUGCCGCUCUACUGCUAGCCAAGCUGGUGGAUAAGGUGAUCCCGGCGUUAAAACUGGAGAUCCGCGAAAUCAGAUUGUGGUCCGAUAGUCAAAUAGCCUUGGCUUGGAUAAAGAAACCUUUGGAUCGGCUGCAAGUCUUCAUUCGCAACCGAGUGGCUGAAAUCAACAAACUGACCAAACACUGCCGUUGGAGCUACGUCAAUACGGAUGAAAACCCGGCGGACAUCGUAUCCCAAAGAAUGAAACCAACCCUGUUAAGCAAAUGUCAACGCUCCAGGUUUUCUACGUGA